UUCGGGCGCUUAAGAUGCGCUGAGAGGUUGUUCGCUGCUCGCUGCACAACUCUUUAAUGUCUAAAUUCGGCGUGAAGAGCUUACUUGGCACUUUCUGCUGAGGAGAAAAGCCAUCGCGACGGUUCGGUGUGUGGAGUCUGCCUACAUUUAACAAUAAGACGUGAUGUAGCAGUGUUGCGCCAGUUGUUGUGCUGUCCCUCUACCUCCGGUCCCCAGUGCCUCACUGCAUGACGUCAGACCACAGAUAGGUGCACGAAGGGAAAACGGCCCCUUCAACAUCCAGGAUCCCUUCCCCUGGAGUCCAGGCUGUCACGCUUAGUAGCUGCAACGCCACAACUUUCUCAUCUCAUCUUUCAACUCCUCUCCAGCAGAAUUUUUUCCACAUAGGAGUUAAACACCUCCACUGACCUAAGUGGAGGUGUUGAAGAGCUGUCCCCCACCCUUACCCUCACCCCCUGUUUAUUCUCUUAAAUCUUUAAGAAUAUUUUUUUUUCCUCCUGUUUGGGUUGAGUCCGGUUCUGCCGGCCGCGUGACUUUUCAAAACUGGGGCGCGAUUCAUGGGAUGCAACCAUGUCGGAUCUCAGUGAGCGCAGGCCGGUCAACACGGACUACGCUGUCUCCCUGCUGGAGCAGCUCAAGUUCUUUUACGAACAGAAAUUACUGACUGACAUUGUGCUGCUGGUGGAGGACACGGAGUUCCCAUGUCACAAGAUGGUCCUGGCCACAUGUAGCUCCUAUUUCAGGGCGAUGUUCAUGAGCGGCCUCAGCGAGAGCAAACAGACCCACGUACACCUGAGGAAUGUGGACCCGGCCACCCUGCAGAUCAUAAUCACCUACGCCUACACGGGCAACCUGGCCAUCAGCGACAGCACCGUGGAGCCGCUCUACGAGACCGCCUGCUUCCUGCAGGUGGAGGACGUCUUGUUGCAGUGCAGAGACUAUCUGGUGAAGAAGAUAAACGCUGAGAACUGCGUCCGCAUGUUGAGCAUCGGCGACCUGUUCAGUUGUAGUGAGCUAAAGCAGAGCGCUAAGCGCAUGGUGGAGCACAAGUUCCCCGUGGUCUACAGGCAGGAGGCCUUCCUUCAGCUCUCACACGAGCUGUUGAUAGACGUCCUGAGCAGCGACAACCUCAACGUGGAAAAGGAGGAGACGGUGCGCGAGGCGGCCAUGCUGUGGUUGGAGUAUAACAUGGAGGCGCGCUCGCAGCACCUGUCCUCUGUGCUCAGUCAGAUUCGCAUCGACGCGCUGUCUGAGGUCACGCAGCGUGCCUGGUUCCAGGGUCUGCCACCCAACGACAAGUCUGUGGUGGUGCAAGGCCUCUACAAGUCCAUGCCCAAGUUCUUCAAACCUCGGUUAGGCAUGACCAAGGAAGAGAUGCUGAUCUUCAUGGAGGCCAUGUCAGAAACGCAGGGCGAUGGCUGCGUCAUGUCCGGUGCCUUGCCUACUACGGUAGUGUGUUACAGCCCGCAGGCGGAAAAAGUGUACAAGCUCAGCAACCCCCCAGGAGACCUGCAGAAGGUGGGGACGCUCGUUACACCAGACAACGACGUGUUCAUCGCUGGUGGACAGAUCCCUCUAAAAAACUCUAUCACCAACCACGGCAAGAGCGGAAAGUUACAGGCGGUCUUCCGCUCGGUCGAUAGCUUCUUCUGGUUUGACGCCCAGCAGAACGCCUGGGUACCCAAAACCCCCAUGCUGUGUGCCCGAAUCAAGCCCUCGCUGGUGUUCUGUGAGGGCUACAUCUAUGCAAUCGGAGGAGACAACGUAGGAGGAGAGCUGAACAAGCGCACGGUGGAGCGCUACGACUGCGAGAAGGACGAGUGGAGCAUGAUGAGCCCCCUGCCCUUCGCCUGGAACUGGAGCACCUCCGUGGUGGCGCACGACUGCAUCUACGUGAUGACCCACGACCUGAUGUACUGCUACUUCCCCCGAGCCGACACCUGGGUGGAGAUGGCCAUGCGCAAGACCAGCCGCUGUUUCGCCUCUGCAGCUGCCUUCGGUGACCUCAUUUUCUACAUUGGCGGCCUCCACGUGGUCAGCAACUCUGGCAUCCGCAUGCCCACGAGCACCAUCGACGGCUCUUCCGUCACCGUGGAGGUCUAUGAUGUCAACAAGAACGAGUGGCGCCUGGCCGCCAACAUCCCUGCCAAGCGUUACUCGGACCCAUGCGUGCGGGCAGUGGUGCUGCUCAACUCACUGUGCAUUUUUAUGCGUGAAACCCACAUGAACGAGCGCGCCAAGUACGCUAUUUAUCAGUACGACAUGGAGCUGGACCGGUGGUACCUACGGCAGCCCGUGUCGGAACGCGUGCUCUGGGAUCUGGGCAAGGACUUCCGCUGUGCGGUGGGUAAGCUGUACCCGUCCUGCCUGGAGGAGUCCCCCUGGAAACCCCCAACCUACCUCUUCUCCAACGACGGAGCCGAGGAGUUUGAGGUGGACGGGGAGCUAGUGACGCUCCCGUAUAGCUCUUAGGCUCCGCUCCCCUACCUCGCUGACUGAACCAGGAAUCUGUAACGCUGAGGGAUGAACAUGAAGGGGGGCAGAUCUCUGACGUAUGAAAGGGUUUGUUAUCUGUGUUGUGGAGGGAUCUCUGGACUUUGGAGGCUUGCAUUAGCCACAGCUGUUGCUGAUGAACAAUGCAGCCUAAAACAAGCUUGGAGAGAAAAAGAUGCCCCUCUAAAAUACUAGUAAUUUGAAAACUUCUGCCUCCCCCCCUUCUUAUUUUGUCAACUAUGACAUCUGUUAGAUAUUAUUACAAGUCUGUCAUACUGUUUCUACAAUGUGAUAAUCUAAAUGUCAACUGAUUUUUGUGGUGAUGAGGGUGAUGAUGCACUUAACCAGUAAAGCUUCUUGGAAUAACAAUGGCAACUGUACCAAAAUCCCCCAGCAUCCCUUCUGAUUGUGGCUUCCCUCUCUUCUCCCCCACCCCCGUCUCCGCUUUUUCUCUUCUCUCACCACUGAUAAAGGAAUACACCACUGCAAAUCUGUCAUUAGAGUAUCAAAAAUGUUCCCUGGAGGUUUAAAAAGGAGGCUCUGAAAAGGUUUAUAGCAAAGGGACAGGAGAUCAUUCAGCUUUGAUCCACAGCAGUUAAAAAUGGGUUCCAAUGGUGAGCUUGAAUCAAUACAAACAUGUAUCAAAACUGAUCUGUAGAAACUUAUUAAACUGCUUCUCCUCACAUCUAACACGAUGUCUGUUGAACAUAUUAAACAUGGAUCAGUGGUUGUGCAUAAUGCAGCAGGAGUGGUUUAAAACAUUUUGGUAUUGAGCUUGAAGGUUCAUUACCAACCUUGGAAAUGGUAUUUUUGACUAAAAGAAUUCGCACAAGGUCAAUGAAAUGCGGUUGAAGUUUGGGAAAUGGUCCAGUAAUGUGUUUUCAAACCCUGUAAUGUUUAUGUCUCACAAGAAAAAACAUAAAGAUACUAUUUCCAAGGUCAUUAGUCUGUUUUGAACAGGGCUGCAUCUAAAGAAAAGCAUCUAAAGAUUAUUUGCAUGGAGGAUGGAUUUGUCCACAUUUCUUCUAAUUAACUGAUUAAUCCUACAUACCACAAGCAAGUUCCCAAAGCCCAUGUUUACAUCUUUUUAUAUAGCUUAAUUUCUGUCCAGCAGUCCAGAAUCCAAAAGGUCUUCACACAUUUGAGAAGCUGGAACCUGACAAUGUUGGACAUUUGUUCUUGAGAAAUUCCUUUAAAUGUAGAGCUGAAACGACUACUUGAUUUAAAUGAUAGAAGGGUUACACUUUAGUAUUUAUCACUUAAAGGUGGGGUAUGCGAUUCGAAUCCAAUACACAAUUUUUGUCAUUCACUCUUGUGUACUCAGCCCUGGCUCUGUAAAUGUGCCCGCACCUCGCCACUCAAAGCUAUUUCAGCUGUGAUUUGUGUGUCAGGUAACGUUAAAUAACUUUCCCACGGACAUUCGGCUCACGUUGUAGUUCACCAAGACAUGCUGCUGUUGUGAUGUUGGCUGUAGAAGCAGGAGAGUUGUAAGUAUCGCUGUCUGGAUCUGGGACAGUCUCGUCCUCUCUGCAUGUUGGCUUCGCAGCAGGAAAUGUAGGACCAGUUUCGCUCUAUAUCGUAGUACUUGUCCGGAAUCGCUUACUCCACCUUAAGUCAUCUUUGAAGCAAAAAUGUCAAAUAUUCUCUGGUUCUACCUUCCCAAAUGUGAGGAUUUGAUGAUUUCCACUUUUUGAUGUUGACUGUUUGGACAAAACGAGCUAUUUAAAGACAUCAGCGGUGGUAACUUGUGAUGGACGUUGUUUUUUGUUUUGUUUUUUAGACCAAACAGUUCAUCGAUAAUGAAAAUAACCCCUAGUUGCAGCCAUGGUGGUGAAUAAAUGUUUUAAAAUGUGAACAUCUACCAGCCACUGACAUGGAAAUGUUUAAAUUCACCAGCCAGCAAAUAGUAAAUCAUUAUUUCGUGUCUGAAGUCUGCCAGCAUUUUACCUGCUGGCAGCUCUUCAGCCAUGUUUUGUUGCUGUGGUUCUGGAUCUCCAUGGUAAUCUGCUGGGAACCAGGACUGCUACCGUCGUCCGCCACAAAUGAGCAAAAUACAAAUUUUUCAGAGCCACCUUUAAAACCUCACAGGUGCACGUAUUUAACACUUUAAAGAUAGAUUUGUUCAGAGUGUUUCUUUUAAAACGGGAUCCAUCUUUUUCUUCUAAAAGCCCAACAGACGAGAAGAACAGGGGCCCGUGGCUUCCGGGAGGGAUGACGGAGGGGGCGGGGGAGUGUGAGGCAGAGGGCGACUGCAGGUCCGGUCACCCAUUACCUCUCCUCCCUCACCGCUCCGUCCUCCACCCUGACUCUACUUUAGCGCCUCCACAGCUGUCUGUCAGUCUGUUUGCACACAGGUCUUCCACACAGCCAGCGGUCUACACCUCACUCCAUCCAUCGUCACAUCAUCAUAAUACUUUUGUUUGUUUUUCACCAGGGUCUCUGCAAAAUACACACAACUCCACUCUCGGUACAAACAUAUGUUUCGGGCUCAUGCAUUUGUUGUUUUUUAUGUUUGUUUGUUUUUUUUUAUUUCCAAGCUGCUGAAAUAUAUAAUAAAUAUAUAUUUUUCAUAUGUUUAAAAGACAACUGUUUCAGUGUGGGGGAAAAUAACCAGGUCUAUUUUGUAUUAGUGUCUUUUUUUAAUUUAAUAUCAGACAUUACUGUAGUGUGAUUGUGGGUAGAUAUCCAUUUUCCAGAUUACAUUUUUCUCGAGUGAAUAUUGAGGAAUCUUGCUGCUGAUCGGUUGUGAGAGGAGAGGGCUUGCGAUGGAAAUCGGCCCCAGCAACCGCUAGCAGUAGUGGAGAGGGCGGGUCAGGGAAGGAAGGGGUCUUCCUUCUACCUUAAAAACAUGAGCACAGGUGCUUCAUGACAAACCUUACUAGCAUGUUUGGCUGCAUCAUAUUCCUUUGGCACUGUAUUUUGAAUGAACGUUAAUUUAUUAAAAAACAUACCAAAAGCGUUCCUGAAA